UUUAAGUAGGUGUUAAAAGUAAAAUAACUGAAGAUUUUAUGAGUGAGUUGCACUUAAAAAAGAUAUUCUUUUUUUGAUAAAAACUUAAAAAAGAUAUUCACUUCCACGUUUUUGGGUAUUUUAUUUUAUUUUUUUUGUCGAGAUUGUUUUGGAAGUGCAAUUUAUCAAUAUCUAUGAGCGGCAGCUGUCUAGGCUUCGAUUCGUUUAGGAUUUUUUUUGUUCAAACAUUUUGGAAUUUUAAAGAAAAGAAAAAGACCAACAAAGUUCCAGAACUUAAAAUCUGCAUCUGAGAAGAUCCAUUUUCAAUUACUUUUCAUCUACAACAAAGAAAUAGUUUUUGUUCUGUUUUAUAUGAGAUCUGAUUGUUUUGGGUGUUUGAGUUGAGAAAUUAUUGAUGAGGUCUCGAUCUCUGUCCGUGUCUGAGCCUCAGAAUUCUCCUUCUUCAAGUGUUUCAGCAGAGCUUAAGCUGUAUCAAGCUUUCAUCUUCUCAGUCCCCAUUUUCUUUGCUUUCAUUCUGCUCUUUAUGUUCUACUUGUUCUAUCUUCGACGCAGGCGAGCCGAUUGGUCAUCUCUUAGAAUGAGAACAUCCCCAGGCCCUUAUUCUGACCUAUCAAUAUCAAUGGCUGAAUUGGGGCUCAAGAAAGAAGUAAGAGAGAUGCUACCCAUCAUUAUAUACAAGGAGACCUUCUCUAUACGAGAUACUCAAUGCGCCAUAUGCCUUGGGGAAUACCAAGCGGAGGAUAAACUUCAACAGAUACCUGCAUGUGGUCAUACAUUUCACAUGGACUGCAUUGACCAUUGGCUUGCCAACCACACCACUUGUCCACUCUGCCGUCUUUCUGUCCUCACUUCUGAUAAAUUGCCUGUUAUUCAAGCUGCAAAUCCUCAGGUGUCAUCUAAUCCAGUCAAUAGUAAUGGAUUAGAUGUUCAAACAGUGGCCGAAAAUUGUGAGGAAACACAUGGCGUGCAGCCUCUCGAGCAAACAAUAGGAGAUGCGAGAAUUUCCCAACACAAUAGCGAUGAACAGGAAUGCGUGAAUCAGGGAAGAGAGUUUAGAAAUACAAGGAAUGAAAUCAGCCCGCAUGAGGGUAGCAGAGGAAUAGCUGGUUCUGAGAAUACAUGAUGGUUACUUCAAUUGGUAAUACAGUUUUCGGUUGUUCCAGCUUGAUAAUUUACAUCAACUGAGGUCAUCAAGUUGAGACUGGUGUUUCAAUAUGUACGAGUUUCUAAGAAGUGAAGGAGCCAUCCGAAGAUUCAGACAUAAGGAACUUCUGCGGGUAUCCUGACCAAAUUGCAAUUUAAACUAACAAAUCUUCAAGCCGAUGCUUCUUACGACAUUGACAUCCCUAGGCUGUAUGCAACUGCAUAGAAGCAAGGGUUCCGUGGGAAAAAAGAUGUCUGUCAACAUUUGAUGUGCCGUCUUCUAAAGGUGGUUAUAAAUAUCAUUCAUGCUUUGCUGGAAAUCAGUAAAAUGUAUAACCAGAUGUAACUGGAAUUGGAUAGUCUUUUGGAAUAUUAUUUAAGGGCAGAUUUUGUUGGAUGAAGUCUUUUGGAAUUGAAACUUUGUGUAAGUGGAGGAGGCUGUGUAUAUAAUAUUUUAAAUUUAAUAAAAAUUAGAUUCACUGUGUUUACUGUUGAA